AUGUCCGCGUCCGCGCCCCACGCCCACGGGCGCACCCCCGUGCGGCGCAGGGGGCAUCAACACCACCCGCGGAUGAGAGGCGACCGCCUUCCCGCCCCCGGGCCAACCGUAAACAAAACUCCGUCCAAAGAAGUGACCUUAGAAACAGACGAUGUUGUGUCUUGUGUCAAUAGUGUUAGUGAAUCUCAAGAAAUGACAAGGACGAGUAGUGACGAUGCACUUUCAAAUCGAAAUAUAAGCGACGACUCGAAUAUCGAUGAUGACUUUACCUUUGACACAAAUAUUCCGGAGUCAGAAACAAUUGAACUCUCCGACGAUGAUUUCUCUUUUAAAGAAGAAAGGUCAUCGGGUGAUGGCGCGGAGAUGGUGCCUCCAGUCUCCGAUAUCAUAUCGGAUGAUGACCCUGAGACAGCAGAACUUGCUAAACUUAGAUGCCCUAGUGAAUGUACUGAAGUGUUGGCAGCUAGAGAAAAUCGUAGAAAUAGAAGAUGUGCAGAUUAUCCCGGUCUCGCAUUUGGUAGUUCUAUUUUCUCAUCUGACACAAUAAUGAAAUUUUCCAUUAUCAAGAAUGAGUUGCAGAAUAUAAAGAAUACGGCAUUAAAAAGGCAAGGUACGAUUCUCGACGUAUUGAAGAAGAAAAUGCGUCAAACAAAAGAGGAAAUGGAAAAAUAUAAGGACGAGUGUGAGGAAUACCACAAACGGUUACAAGUGGAAAUAAUGCGAAGAGAAGAAGCCGAAUCCGAAGUGGCUGCACUCAACCGUCGUAUCCAAUUGUUGGAGGAGGACCUUGAGAGGUCUGAGGAGAGGCUCGCAACAGCCACAGCUAAGCUCGCUGAGGCCAGCCAAGCCGCCGAUGAGUCUGAACGAAUACGCAAGGCGUUGGAGAACCGAACGAACAUGGAGGAUGACCGCGUCGCCAUCUUAGAAGCACAGCUUUCCCAGGCGAAACUCAUAGCGGAAGAGUCCGACAAGAAAUACGAAGAGUUAUUUGUUAUCGGCGACAGUGCCCGCAAGGUUCUGGAGAACAGGUCAUUGGCUGAUGAAGAACGUAUGGAUGCCUUGGAGAACCAGCUCAAGGAAGCCAGGUUCCUUGCUGAGGAAGCUGACAAGAAAUACGAUGAGGUCGCUCGUAAGCUGGCUAUGGUUGAGGCUGAUUUGGAGCGCGCUGAGGAGCGCGCCGAGACUGGUGAAUCCAAAAUCGUCGAGCUUGAGGAGGAACUUCGCGUUGUCGGUAACAACCUGAAGUCCCUUGAGGUCUCUGAGGAGAAGGCAAACCAACGUGAAGAGGAGUACAAAAAUCAAAUCAAAACCCUGACCACCCGCCUAAAGGAGGCGACGCAAAGGGAAGAAACGUUCGAGUCUCAGGUGAAAUUGUUGGACGCGUCGCUCAAAGAGGCUGAAGCUCGCGCUGAAUUUGCUGAGCGCUCUGUCCAAAAACUACAAAAGGAGGUCGACAGGCUCGAAGACGAUCUGGUGUCCGAGCGCGAAAAGAGCAAACUCCUGCAGGAGGAAAUGGAAGCCACGCUCCACGAUAUCCAGAACAUGUGA